UUGCAGAUAUUUUUAUUUGGACUGCAAUACCUAGUUCAACCACUCGGUGUCAAUGCGCGCUCUUACGCUGUAGGCGUCAUUUGCUCCUGUACUGCAGGUGGCGCUGUGAGCUGCUCACGCUCGUCCCUUGCUUUGAUGAAGAAGAGCUCUGUUUACACGCUGACGUGUUUAGAGUUACACACGACUCAAACCGCGCUUAUUGAGUUUUGUUUACAACUUAUUAGCACAAGGUCUUUGUUAGCCAUAGAAGAAGAAGGUCUGAAACGAAGUGUCCGUGAAGCAGCGCAAUAUGGAUGAUAUAGAGACUGAGCUCAAUAUCGCAGAAGCGGCCGCGGAUUCAGAGGAUCAGGAAAGAAACCACGAAGUGAUAAAACCUGCCGUUCUUCUCCACCAGUCUCAUACAGACCCCAGAGGUGUGCUCACAGCGGUGGACUUCCUCAAGUCCAACCGGAAGUGUCUGAAUCUGAUCAGAGAAGCGAUGCUGAGGCAUAACUGGCGCGAGGCCGCGGGGUAUUUCAGCUCUUACAUCCAGACACUGGAGGCUGGGACUCUUUCACAAGUGCAUUCAACAGCGUCUGAGAUAAUUUGGCGUUUAGGCACAGAAAUUCUGCAUCAUGUCCCCAAUUCCAGACCUGACGAUUUCAACGCCUUUUAUGAACAACUGAAAAACUUUGGCGUCAGAAACUACUCGAAGAUCUGUUUGGAGCAUUGCUUUCAUCUCCUGCUGAACGGCCAGAUGGAUGAAGCCAAGCGGCAGCUGUCCAUCGCAGAUAGCUGGAGAUACGGCAAGCAGUCGACGGCUCAGUCCCAGAUGAAGAAGCUGAUUCGUGCCUACUGCGGUUAUCUAGAUUACCUGAUCUGGAGCGAGAAGAAGCCCUCUGCACCUGGAAGCGAGGAGGCCGGCAGCAACCGUGAGAUGCACAGCUACUUCAGACAAGCUUCUGUGACGCUGAAGGAGAUCGUCAGUCAGCCCGGAGUCUGGGAUCCUUUCGUCUUGAGUUACAUUCAUAUGCUGGAGUUUUACGAGGAUGAGGAGGCUGCUCUUCAGCUUCUGGAGAAUUACGCUUACAACAAGGAGUUCCCUUCGAACCCCAACGCUCACGUGUAUCUGUACCAGUUCCUGAAGACGCACCAGGCCCCACCAGCCAAGCUCAUCGGCUCAUUGAGAAUUCUGCACUCUUUAGUCCCGAGUCACGAGCUGAUGCUGGAGCUCUGCUCUCUCCUGCUGCACACCAAGCAACAGAGCGAUCUGGAAGAAGCUCUCGCCGUCUCCAUGGACCUUCUGGAGUUUUCCAGCUGGAGAUGUGACAUGAAGGCUUGGGAGUGUCUUCUGAAAAUAAUGAAGAGACUCAAAAAGAUGAAGUGCAAGGACGCUGUGAAGAAGGAGUGGGACGUCAGGAGAUCGCUCUGGAUCUCCUUACACUACAGAAACUACAUCGGCAGGAAGGACUCGCUCCAAAACGUCCAGCUCCUGAUGGUCAAGAGAGACGUUCUGAGGUGUACGGGAGAAGACAACAGAGAAUACUUCAGAAUUGCUCUGAAAGUUGAGAGAGGAGGUAGACCCAAGAAAGACCGACUCAGGGAGAAGAAAGAGAAGACGGCGACUCAGAAGAAGGAAAAGAAAAAGAAGACUCUCGAUGACUAAGGAAUCAGAGUUAAUUUUUGGAGAUUUUCUAGAUUUGUAGCUGAGGAUGUUUGACUUGUGUUUGGUCUCUGUGGAUGAAGGGACAGGAAGUGACCAGCAGGGAGCGCAAGCGCUGCGUUUCUCAAACCUGAUGCUUUACAGGAGUCACAUCAACAUUUCAUAUCUGUCAGAAGAAUCCAAUCAUUUUCAGCAGCUUUUGAGAUGAGUGGAUUCUCUCCUGUCGACAUAUUUAUUAUUAAAUAAAGAAAUUAAAAACAAUACAUCUAAAUGUCAUUUAU